CUUAAGACGAGUAACCAGUGUGGCUGCCACAUCUGAUUUUCCCUUCAUUUCCCUCCCUAACUAUAGGAGACCAAGUGGUGAAACCUACAGCGAACAGCGCAGCUAUAGGUGGGGGUUUGCAAAGGAGGCGGAUCUAAUGCGACCCCCACAGUUGAGCUUCGGAGGGUUUUACAAUGCCAACCAUUUCUCAAAGCGCAUAUUUAGCUGCUGACUUGGAGAGCGACGGUCCGAGUGUGCGUAAAUGACCACGAAUGUAGUUGAAUUCUGUCUCCGUCACUGAAAAAAGACAGAAAACUCAACAGACAACAGGAAGAGAUUCUGAUCAUCAAAUUAUUCCCACUCAUCAGAGGACUUAACCUGAAUGCUUUGUGACAAGAUCCUUUGAUAAUUAUAUAUUCUCUAAAGGAUCUCCUUCAUUGAACAUAUACAAGCCAAAAAGAGUCUGUUACAACUUGGAUAAUGGAACCUGCUCAGUCAGAAAUGAACAUCUUAUCCAAUGGGAAAAGUCAUGACCUCAGAGAUGAUGUGGGUGUGCCAAUGAAGACGUUGCUAGAAGAGGAUCAAAAUGGCACUCAAACAGUCAGAUUUGAUGACCCUGAUGGACUGUUGGAGAGUGAGGAGUUUUUGCCCAGUGGAGAUGGAAAGAAAGUUAUUCGCUUCACAGAUUUUGAAGGAAAGACCUCUUUUGGCAUGUCUGUCUUCAACCUGGGUAAUGCUAUUAUGGGGAGUGGAAUCCUCGGAUUGGCUUAUGCCAUGGCCAACACUGGCAUACUCCUCUUCUGGUUUCUUCUGUCUGCAGUAGCAGCCCUGUCAUGUUAUUCCAUUCAUCUGCUGCUCAAAUCCUCUGGCAUUGUGGGAAUUCGUGCUUAUGAGCAGCUGGGGUACAGGGCCUUUGGCACUCCAGGAAAAAUGGCUGCUGGUAUUGCAAUCACCCUGCAGAAUAUUGGAGCUAUGUCCAGCUACCUGUACAUCGUGAAAUCUGAGUUGCCGCUCGUCAUCCAAGCUUUCUUGAAGGCAGAUCCCAACUCUGAUGUGUGGUACUUGAAUGGAAACUACCUGGUCAUCAUGGUCUCUGCCAGUGUCAUCCUGCCUCUGGCUUUAAUGAAGCAGCUCGGUUACCUCGGCUACACCAGUGGUUUCUCUCUCAGCUGCAUGGUGUUCUUUCUCACCGCUGUUACCUAUAAGAAGUUUCAGAUUCCCUGCCCCUUCGAGGAGUUCUCAGCCAACAGCACCUCUGCGCUCCACAGCCUGAACAUAUCAAGCCAUAGUCACGAGUACAACAACGACCUAGUUCAUGAGGACGACGAUUCCCACUGCGGCCCCCGCAUGAUCACCAUCAACUCACAGACAGCAUACACCAUCCCCAUCUUGGCUUUUGCCUUUGUUUGCCACCCUGAGGUCCUGCCUAUCUACACUGAGCUCAGCAAUCCAACACAGAAGAGGAUGCAGAGGGUGUCCAACAUCUCCAUCUUUGUCAUGUACUCCAUGUACUUUCUGGCAGCUCUCUUUGGCUACCUGACCUUUUAUGACAAGGUGGAGCCUGAACUGCUGCACACAUAUAGCCGGAUUGAUCCUUAUGACACGUUGAUCCUUUGUGUGCGAGUGGCUGUCCUUACCGCUGUCACUCUGACUGUCCCUAUUGUGCUGUUCCCUGUGCGUAGAGCCAUCAUGCAGAUGUUAUUCCCCACCAAGUCUUUCAACUGGUUGCGUCACAUUGGAAUUGCUCUUGUUCUGCUCACUUUAAUCAACAUGCUGGUGAUAUUUGCUCCUAACAUUUUGGGCAUCUUCGGCAUCAUUGGCGCAACGUCGGCUCCCUGCCUCAUUUUCAUCUUCCCUGCUGUCUUCUACCUCCGCAUCGUUCCCAAGGAGGAUGAACCCCUGAGCUCCGUUCCUAAGAUAGUGGCUCUCUGUUUUGCUGCCUUGGGCAUCUCCUUCAUGGUUAUGAGUCUGAGCUUCAUAAUAAUCGACUGGACAACAGGGAGCAGUAAUGCCCAUGGAGGCCACUAGAUCCUGCUUCAGUGUGUGUGGGCUUGGAAAGGAUGAAAAAAGAACUGGUCAAUGUAAAGGGCACACUGUCACCUCAGUGGGAAUACACUACAGGGCCGCCCAGCACAGAGCCUGGGGUUUGAUAACAGUACAGAAUAUAAGUGUCAAGGGUUGGAAUCACACUUGUAUUCAUCAAGUUAAAUUAACUUUUUGAUUAUAACUUAACACACAUCUAAACAAAAUCCGUUCAUAAUAGCUUUCUAUAAUUCCUGAAGAAAUGCAAUAGUAAUUUAGUGUUUUCUGAUCUCUUUCUAUCAUCUGAUAGUAUGACUUAAAUCUAUCCAUGAAGGUGAAAUGGUGCCUUCCUGUUGCUUCUUCUUUAUUUACCCACAAACAACUGCAGCUGGUACUGUAUAGAAAAAAAAAACAGUUGGCAUGAUUGUCUGGGAGGCUCAAGAGAGGAAGGCUUCAGAUAUACCUUUACAUGUGAAACAGCUAAAUAACUCAUUGGUUAUUUUCACACAAUUAUUGUUUUCCACGUGACGCACAAGUGGAGGGCAGUAGAGAUUGGAGAAACAGUCAGAUGAUUCCACCCUGAACCAGCAGCACUGCAGCAGGACUGUUUAUCAUCAUGUAAUAUAAGACUACGAAGUGCUCAGAAUGCAGAUAACAUUUCAUUUUCAUGAUCUGACGAUUCCCAGAGUUGUUAAGUGCUGUAAUAUAAUACAGGCUAAGCUUUGGUGCCAUAGAUCAGAUAACUCUCCUCAGAAACCCUGGUGCCUUUUAGCAUUUUGGAACAGCGCACAAACAUACAGUAAAAAAAACAAAAAAAACAAAAAAAAACA